GGGAAGGUGGAGGCUGCUGGGAAGUAGGUUCCCCUGGCAACGGCCCAGGUGGGAGUCGGGUGCAGGAGCCUGAACUGAAGGGGGUGGAGCCAUGCAGGAGUCCCAGACCUGGAAAUUUCUGUGCUCCAGGCUUGAGGCUGUGGGCCAGUGAGCUUGGCUGUUUGAAUCCACACUAUUCACACUUGUGUGAAGGGAUGUUCACAAGCCAUUUCGCACAGGGCCUGGCACACCGUGUGUGCCCAGCAAAUGAGUUACUAUUCCUGUGGAUGUCUGCAAAUGGGCUGGAAGCAUGUGGCUGUAUAAGUACGCACAUACGGCCAGGCAUGUAUGCAUGCGAGGACAUAUAUUCGUGUGAGGAUAUGCCUGUUCCCGCGCAUCCGAGCCCCUCAAGCAAGGCCGAGGGCGCGCUCUCCUGGGGGAUGGUGUGGGGGGGAUAGCGUGGGGUGGACGGCAGCUAGGCCUGACUCUACUCUGCUUCCCCCACCCCAGGAGGGCCCCCAGUGGCUCCACGUGCGGAACUUCGACCGGCUCCUGCGCGAGUCCCAGCGGGAGGUGCUGCGGCUACAGAGGCAGAUCGCCCUGCGCAACCAGCAGGAGCCGCCGCCGCCGCCCAGGCCCCCCGGCCCCGCUGUCCGGGGCCCAGCAGGUGCGCCCGCACCCGGGGCCCCGGGAGAGGCCACGCCCCAGGAGGAUGCGAACAACCCACAGGUGGUCGUAGGGGACCCUGAGAAGCCACAGAGGGUGCAGCAGCUGGAGUCAGAGCUCAGCAAGAAGCGGAAGAAAUGCCAGAGCCUGGAGCAGGAAGCCCGGAAGAAGCAGAGGCGAUGUGAGGAGUUGGAACUGCAGCUGAGAGAAGCCCAGAAUGAGAAUGCCCGCCUUGUGGAGGAGAACUCUCAGCUCAGUGGGAGAGCCACAGAGAAGGAGCAGGUGGAGUGGGAGAAUGCAGAGCUGAGGGGCCAGCUCCUGGGGGUGACAGAGGAGAGGGAUUCGGCCCUUCGCAAGAGCCAGGGCCUGCAGAGCAAGCUGGAGAGCCUGGAGCAGGUGCUGAAGCACAUGCGGGAGGUGGCCCAGCGGCGGCAGCAGCUGGAGGUGGAGCAUGAGCAGGCUCGGCUCAGCCUGCAGGAGAAGCAGGAGGAGGUCCGGAGGCUGCAGCAGGCCCAGGCAGAAGCCAAGAGGGAACAUGAAGGGGCUGUGCAGCUGCUGGAGGCCCGGGUUCGAGAGCUUGAGGAGCAGUGCCGCAGUCAAACUGAGCGCUUCAGCCUCUUGGCACAGGAGCUCCAGGCCUUCCGCCUGCACCCUGGGCCCUUGGAUCUGCUCACCUCUGCCCUGGGCUGCAGUGCCCCUGGGGACCGCUUGCCACCCCCUUGUUGCUGCUCCACCUGCCAGCCCUGCAGGGGAUCUGACUCCAAAGACCUUGACCUCCCACCAGGCUCUCCAGGGCACUGUACUCCAAAGUCUUCCGAACCUGCCUCUGCCACCCUUGCUGGAACCCCUCGAAGGACAGCUAAGAAGGCAGAGUCUCUCUCUGACUCCUCUCGCUCAGAGACUAUCCACAACAGCCCCAAGUCCUGCCCUACGCCUGAGGUGGACACAGCCAGUGAGGUGGAGGAGCUGGAGGCAGACAGUGUUUCCCUGUUCCCAGCAGCACCAGAGGGCACCCGGGGAGGAUCCAGGAUCCAGGUCUUCCUAGCGCGCUACAGCUACAACCCCUUUGAGGGCCCCAAUGAGAAUCCAGAGGCAGAGCUGCCGCUGACUGCGGGCGAGUAUAUCUACAUCUAUGGCAACAUGGACGAGGAUGGCUUUUUUGAAGGGGAGCUCAUGGAUGGCCGAAGGGGCCUGGUCCCCUCAAAUUUUGUAGAGCGUGUGUCUGAUGACGACCUCCUGACCACCCUCCCUCCGGAGCUGGCUGAUUUGUCACAGAGCUCUGGCCCUGAACUCAGCUUCCUGAGUGGAGGUGGGGGUGGCAGCAGCAGUGGGGGCCAGAGCAGCGGGGGGCAUAGCCAGCCCCGACCAGAGGAGGAGGAUGCAGGCGAUGAACUGAGCCCGAGCCCCUCACCUGACGGCCUCGGUGAGCCCCCCGCUGUGCCUUACCCUCGCCGCCUGGUGGUCCUCAAGCAGCUGGCCCACAGCAUGGUGCUGGCCUGGGAGCCGCCCCCUGAGCGAGUGGAGCUCCAUGCCUACCAUAUCUGCGUGAACGGCGAGCUGCGUCAGGCCCUGGGGCCAGGGGCACCCCUCAAGGCCGUGCUCGAGAACCUGGACCUGCAGGCUGGGCUCCUCCAUGUUUCUGUCCGGGCCCUCACUAGCCAGGGGAGCUCCGACCCCCUGCGUUGUUGCCUGGCUGUGGGCGCCAGGGCCGGGGUGGGGCCUAGCCAGCUGCAGGUCCAUCGACUGACAGCCACGUCUGCAGAGAUCACCUGGGUGCCCAGUAAUAGCAACUUGGCCCAUGCCAUCUACCUCAACGGGGAAGAGUGCCCACCUGCCCGCCCCAGCACCUACUGGGCCACCUUCUGCAACCUGCGGCCCGGCACACCCUACCAGGCCCGGGUAGAGGCUCAGCUCCCACCCCGAGGGUCCUGGGAACCAGGCUGGGAAAGGAUGGAGCAGAGGGCUGCCACCCUGCAGUUCACCACUCUCCCAGCAGGCCCACCUGAUGCCCCCCUGGAUGUACAGAUCGAGCCGGGGCCCUCCCCUGGAAUACUGAUCAUCAGCUGGCUCCCAGUCACCAUUGAUGUUGCAGGCUCCUCCAACGGUGUCCGGGUCACAGGCUAUGCCAUCUAUGCAGAUGGGCAGAAGAUCAUGGAGGUGGCCUCGCCCACGGCAGGCAGUGUGCUGGUGGAGUUGUCCCAGCUGCAGCUGCUGCGGGUAUGCCAGGAGGUGGCCGUGCGCACCAUGUCAACCCACGGCGAGUCGGCCGACUCUAUCCCGGCCCCCAUCGCCCCAGCCCUGGCUCUGGCCUGCCUGCCAGCGGGGGUUCCCUGCCCAUCACCCCGACCAGGAUCAGAGGCCAGACCACCCUUAGCUCCAGCCUCCCCAGGGCCUGGAGACCCCAGCUCUCCCCUCCGGCACUCUGUCCCCGACGGAACUCAAGAGCCCCCUGGAGCCCCCCCAGCAAGCCCUUCCAGGGAGGCAUCAAAAGGAUCCCAAGAGGAGCCUCCAGAAUCUUGCUUCCAGGAGGAGGCCGGGGUAGCCGUGCUGAGCACCUUGGAGGAGAGGAGGGUCAGUGAGCCAACUGUGGGUGAGAGAGACCCUGGCCCUGCGGCUCCCGAAUUGGCUCAGGAAGAGGCUGAGUGGCGCACAGGAGAGGCCCACCCGCUGUCCUGCUCUACCCAGAGAGCCCUGGCCCAGUGGGCACCAUGUACUGAGGCCAGCCGAGGAGACACAGGGUCCGGGCUUCCGGCCAGGGCCGAGAGAGAGGACCCAGCAGAGCUUGGGGCCCGUCCGGUGAACUCUCUUGUGGACCACGGCCGCAGCUCAGACCUAUCAGACAUCCAGGAGGAGGAGGAGGAGGAGGAGGAAGAGGAGACACUGGGUUCUAGGCCUUGCUCCUUUCAGAAACAGCCCCAGCCCCAGCCCGAUUCCUCCUGUGAGACUGACAGUGACGAGGAGAUCUUGGAGCAGAUCCUAGAGCUGCCCCUCCAGCACUUCUGCAGCAAGAAGCUCUUUAGCAUCCCCGAGGAGGAGGAAGAGGAGGAUGAGGACCAACAGGAGGAGAAGAAGAUGGGGGCAGGCCAUUUUUCCCAAGACCCUAGCCUGUCUGAGCCUGUGUUGCUGGGGCCAGGCUGUGACAGCUCUUGGCCCCGAGGACCUGGUCCGUGCCCCUUGUCUCCUGAGCUCUCCAGGACCGGGGACUGCCUGGAGGACGUGCCUGGACUAGUUGGUGGAAGCAGCCGGAGGAGAGGAGGUGGUGCCCCAGAGAAGCCCCCAAGCCACAGGCGGCCCCCAGACCCCCGUGAACACUGCAGCCGACUUCUUGGCAAUGGCGGGCCCCAGCCCUCUGGACGACCAGGCCCCACCCGGGAGAGGGGCAGCCCCCCUGUGAGCGAGGGGACCAGGGCCGGACCAGAGGCUGGUGGGAGAGGGCGGCCGCCCCCUUCCCGGAGAUGCUCCCGUGGCCGGGCCCCAGAAUCAGGCCUGGCCAGCUGCCUGGCCCCCAAGUGCUUGGAAAUCAGCAUCGAGUAUGAUUCUGAGGACGAGCAGGAGGCGGACAGUGGGGGCAUCAGCAUCACCAGCUCCUGCUACCCCGGAGAGGGGGAGGCCUGGCGUGCAGCGUCCAUAGGACGGCCCAGGGGGCCUCUGAAGGCCAAUUUGGUCUCCACCCCCUACCUGCGCCUCCCGGCCUGGGAAAAAGGGGAGCCAGAGCGCAGAGGUCGCAAUGCAACGGGCAGAGCCAAGGAGCCACCCUCCCGGGCAACAGAGAUGGAGGAGCCCAGAGGGCAGGACAGCUCUGGGCAAAGGGGCCCCCCAAAGAGAGGGGCCCGGGCCUCCAGGCCAGUCUCCAGUGAGCUGGCCCCUCCAAGGAGCCCCCCAGAAGAGGUGCUGGCCUACCAGGACCUACCUGUCAGGAUCUUUGUGGCUCUCUUUGACUACGACCCUGUGUCAAUGUCACCCAACCCUGAUGCUGGGGAAGAGGAGCUCCCCUUCCGGGAGGGGCAGAUCCUGAAGGUGUUUGGGGACAAGGACGCUGAUGGCUUCUAUCAGGGUGAAGGUGGGGGCCGGAUGGGCUACAUCCCCUGCAACAUGGUGGCAGAGGUGGCUGUGGAUAGCCAUUCCGGGAGGCAGCAGCUGCUCGAGCAGAGUUAUUUGUCCCCAGAUGUCCUUGUUGAAGGCUCAGGGAACAGUCACCUUGUGUAUUCCACAGCCCGCACAGCUGGGCCUCCCCCAAAGCCGCGCCGCUCCAAGAAAGCUGAGUUGGAAGGCCCUGCCCAACCCUGUACAGGCCCUCCCAAGCCAGUCUCCUCUGCUGGCCUGAAAGCUCCCCGCCUCAUGGUGGCGGCGUUUGACUACAACCCCCGGGAGAACUCUCCCAACAUGGAUGUGGAGGCAGAGCUGCCCUUCCAAGCAGGGGACGUCAUUACCGUGUUUGGGAGCAUGGAUGAUGAUGGUUUCUACUAUGGGGAACUGAAUGGACAAAGGGGUCUUGUUCCAUCCAACUUCCUGGAGGGUCCUGGGCCUGAGGCGAGGAACCUGGACAGGGAGCCUGGGACAGCCCCGGCCGAGAGCCAGGACUGGACCAGUACAACACCAGGGUCCCCAGCACUCCAAAUCUGGCCUUGUGCCUCCAGCCCUGGCAGCCUCUCCAGGACUGAACUGGAGGAGCCACAGGGUAUGAAUGAGAAGAUGCGGGGUCUCCUCUCCAAGGGGAAGCAGCUCCUCAGGAAACUGGGCUCUGGGAAGAAGGAGUGAAACUGGCCCAUCCUGCAGGCAGAAGUGGCCCCCUAAGGCUCCCAGAGACCCCAGAAAUCUGCCCUAACUGGGCAGAGAAGGUCCAGUCCUCCCGUUCUUCAGAGUUAACACUUUGACACUUGGAUGGGAAUCACAGAGACUUGGUAAAGGUCAGAGUUUGAUGGGUCCUUAGGGAUGGAUCCUCUUGAUGGGCACCUUCCUCUUACAGGAGGGGAAACUGAGGCCUGAAAGAGGAAGUAACUUGGCCAAGGUCUCUAGACCUCAGUCACAGAGCCAGGACUGGACGUAGGUCUCCUGGCUCCUAGUCUAGUGCUUUCUCCACCACACUAUGCUGGGCCCUUCUUUGGCCCUUCCCAUUCCCAGGGUGGAGAGCCAUGGGGGAGAACGGGCCUCCUUCCUCUUAUGGCUCUGGCUAUCCUGAUCAUGUCUUCCCUCCCUUGAAGGAAAGUUUGCACUGGAUUCUCCCCAGCCCCACUUCCCCACCGGGCAGGAGGAGCAGAUCCGUGUAUAUAUGUACAUACUCAGUGCCUCAGCCCAGCUUUCUCCUUCUUGCUUCCACCACACAGGCCCGGAAAGGAGAACGGCCAUGCCAAAGUGGGCCUAACCCCGCCCCAUAGUGCUCCACCCCUCCCUGCCAGCCUGGCUUCUGGGCCUCCUGUGUGUUCCCACCCCAAAGGCCCAGGGCAGAAAGCAGGAGUUGGGUUUGCCUUAUUUUGCUCAUUGGAUUCAAGUUCUCUUUUGCAUCAUUUUCUUCUGGCCUCUGUUGGAGUCCGGGGGCUGUGGGGAAGGACAGACAUAUGAAGCUAUUUUCAUACAUUCCCUGUUUAGAGUGGGGUAGGUAGUUCCCCACCCUUACCCUAACCACCCCACCCUCACCCUGUGGCUGGGUGUCUCUGCAUGUUUCCUUCGCUAUGGUGGGAGAUUGUUUGACUGAACCCCUGCCUUCACCCUGGUCUCCAGGGGUGUGGAAUGGUGGGGGCAUUUGUUAAAAAGACUUUUUAUUAUAAUAAAGUCUAUUUUCACAAAAUCUAUGCUGGACUCUAUCUGGGGCAAAGGACUGUUUGGAGGGACGGCUCAUGCUGGGCUUUGAAUUCGACUUCAGAACCCAGAAGUGACAUGCAAGGGGCAGCUGAGGCAAACUCCAUUCAACACCAAGAGGACCAAGCAGCUCUUGAAUUCCUUUUCCUAAGAAGAAGAUUUAGCAGCUUCCUGAGCCCCUGGUUGCAGGAGCCUCUGGCUGGAGUUUGGGCAGAAUAGUGGAGAGAGAAAAAGACCUGGGAAAGGGGAAACGUGAGAGAGAAGGCACCUGUUUCAAUAUGGUGAAUUGAAUGCAUACUGCAAUCUUUCUUCCCCUGUACCAAACCCAUAGGUAUAAUAGAUGUAAGCAAAACAGAAUAAACACCACACAUAGCUCCACUUGAAAACAAGGGAGAUUCUCAGUAGGCCAGAAACAUGAUUCCAGAGAAGACAGAAAACAGAUGGGAGCUCAUACUCGGAAACCUCAGGGCAGGGUACACUGAGGAGAUUUCUGCUGCAUCCUGCUCCAUGCCUAGAGGUGGGCAAACAAAGCUGAAAAGACCUCAGAGGGUACUGGCCUCUGAUUAGUUGGGUUUCUAAGGGGGAGCAGCCAGGUCGAUUGACCAUUGCACAUUCUCUUUCUCCCCAUGGACCAAGGGGCAAAGAUGGGGAUAUUUGCCUUUAGAUGAGGACAGUGGGGGUGGCAGCUUGGAUCAGAGACCAGGUGGUACUUCAGAUGGUUGGCAACACCUGGCACAAACAAGAAGCAUUAAUGCCUAGGUGAAAAUAAAGGAGCCUCCAAAUUGCAGCAUAUUGUACCCCACCUCACUCUCACUGAAAACCCUCCAAGUUACAGCAGCAAUCCCACCUAGCCGUCCAACAGGAACUUUUAGCUACUAAGGUGAGGACCCAACUAAGCCUCACCAAACAUUUGCGGAAAGCCAGCUCCGUUCAAGACAGACGACAAACUUGAAUGAAUGAAUAUACAUCUGAGUCAAUAAAGCAUAAGAAAAGAACUUUAAGAAUGACUAUUUAUUAUACUUGGAGAGAUCAAAGAAGGAAUCACAUUUGUGAAACAAGAACAAAUAGCUAUGAAAAAGAUCCUAAUCAAGAUAGUGAAACAUUUUUUAAAUUAUAUAUUCUCAUUAAAAACGAACUCAGUAUAGCAGAACUGAACCCAAAUUCUUAAAAAGUCCAGACUUACUGGACCAGUUGAGACCAGAGGACUCCCUGAGACCACUACCCUGAGACAGGCUUUAAACAUUCCACUGAAACUAUCCCCUGAGAUCACCUUUUAGCAUAAUAUAACAGUUGCAGUCAAAAUAAAGAUCAUUACCUGUAGGUGCUCUACUAAAAAAAAAAAAAUCUAUAUGAGACCAAAAGGUCAACAUUUACUCUAAAGCAAAGAUGAGAAGAUAAGGGGGAAGGGGAACUACUGGAAAUGAAACGACCCGAAAGAAAUUAGAGAACGUUGACACGUUGUGAAAAAUGUAACUAAUGUCGUUGAACGAUUUGUAUAGAAAUUGUCAAACGGGAACCUAAUUUACACAUAAACUUUCAUCAAAACACUAUUUUAAAUAUUAUCCUAAAAAGAGGAACUCAAUAUAUUGGUGAAAAGCAUACAGUUCAUAGCUGAAGAGCAUUGCUGUUGUUAUGCUGUUAGGUGCCGUCUAGUCUGUUCCAACCCAUAGUGACCCUAUCUAUGUAUAACAGAAUGAAAUGCUGCCCGGCCCUCCACCAUUCUCACAGUCAUUGCUAUGUUUGAGCCCAUCGUUGCAGCCACUGUGUCAUUCUACUUUACCAAGGCAUGAUGUCCUUCUCCAGGCACUAGUCCCUCCUGACGAAAUGACCAAAGUAUGUGAGACGAGGAAGUCUCAGCAACCUCAAUUCUAAGGAGCAUUCUGAAUGUACUUCUUCUGAGACAGAUUUGUUCAUUUUUCUAACAGUCCAUGGUAUAUUCAAUAUUCUUCUCCAACACUGUAAUUGAAAGACAUCAAUUCUUUUUCAGUCUUCCUUAUUCAUUGUCCAGCUUCCACAUGCAUAUGAGGGGAUUGAAAAUACAAUGGCUUGGGCCAGGUGCACCUUAGCCCUCAAGGUGACAUCUUUGCUUUUUAACAUUUUAAAGAGGUCUUUUGCAGCAGAUUUGCCCAAUGCAAUACGCCUUUUGAUUUCUUGACCAUUCCUUCCAUCCAUGGAUGUUGAUUGUGCAUCCAAAUAAAACGAAAUCCUUGACAACUUCAAUAUUUUCUCUGUUUAUCAUGGUGUUGCUUAUUGGUCCAGUUGUGAGGAUUUUUGUUUUCUUUAUGUUGAGGUGCAUUCCAUACUGAAGGUUGUAGUCUUUGAUCUUCAUCAGUAAGUGCUUCAAGUCUUUUUCACUUUCAGCAAGAAAGAUUGUGUCAUCUGCAUAUCACAGGUCAUUAAUGAGUUUUAAUCCAAUCCUGAUGUCCUGUUCUUCUUCAAGUAGUCCAACUUCUCAGAUUAUUUGCUCAACAUACAGAUUGGAUAAAUAUGGUGAAAGGAUACAACCCUGAUGCGCACCUUUACUGAUUUUAAACCUUGCAGUGUACCCUCGUUCUGUUUGCAAGGCUGCCUCUUGAUCUAUGUACAGGUUCCUCACGAGCAUUAUUAAGUGUUCUGGAAUUCCCAUUCUUUGCAAUGUUACCCAUAAUUUGUUAUGAUCCACACAGUCGUAUGCCUUUACAUAGUCAAUAAAAUACAGGUACACAUCUUUGUGGUAUUCUCUGUUUUCAGCCAAGAUCCAUCUCUAUCAGCAAUGAUAUCCCUCGUUCCACAUCCACUUCUGAACCCAGUUUGAAUUUCUGGCAGUUCCCUGUCGAAGUACUGUUGCAACCGUUUUUUAAUUAUCUUCCCCAUAAUUUUACUUGUGUGUGAUAUUAAUAUUGUUUGGUAAUUUCUGCAUUCUGUUGGGUCACCUCUCUUUGGAAUGGGCAAGAAUAUGGAUGUCUUCCAGUUGAUUGGCCAGGUAGCUGUCUUCCAAAUUUCUUGGCAUAGAUGAGCACUUCCAGCAUUGCAUCUGUUUGUUUUAACAUAUCAGUUGGUAUUCCGUCAGUUCCUGGAGGCUUGCUUUUCGCCAGUGCCUUCACUGCAGCUUGGAUUUCUUCCUUCAGUAUCAUCAGUUCUUGAUCAUAUGUCUGCACAUCAAUCAAUUCUUUUUAGUACAGUGACUGUGUAUUCUUUCCAUCUUUUUUGAUGCUUCCCAUGUUGUCAAAUUUCUGCCCAUAGAAUCCCUCAAUGUUGCAACUUGAGGCUUGAAUUUUUUUCUUCACUUCUUUCACCUUGAGAGAUGCUGACAGUGUUCUUCCCUUUUGGUUUUCUAACUCCAGGUCUUUGCACAUGUCAUUAUAAUACUUUACUUUGUCUUCUUGAGCUGCCCUUUGAAAUUUUCUGUUCAGAUCUUUUACAUCAUCAUUUCUUCCUUUCGCUUUAGCUACUCUACCUUCAAGAGCAAGUUUCAGAGUCUUUUUUGACAUCCAUUUUGGUCUCUUUUAAAUUUUUUCCCUUUUCUGUCUUUUUAAUAACCUAUUGCUUUCUUCCUGUAUGAUGUCCUUGACGUCAUCUCACAACUCAUCUGGUCUUCAGUUGUUAGUGUUCAGUGCAUCAAAUCUGUUCUUGAGAUGAUCUCUAGACUCAAGUGGGAUAUACUCAAAGUCAUAGUUUGGCUCUCAUAGACUUGUUUUUAUUUUCUUCAGCUCCAUCUUGAACUUGUCUGUAAACAAUUGAUGGUCAGUUCUGCAGCUGGCUCCAGGUCUUGUUCUGACUGAUGAUAUUGAGCUUCCCUGUCAUCUGUCUCCACAGAUGUAGUCCAUUUGAUUUCUGUGUAUUACAGACAGCGAGGUCCACAUGUGUAGUUGCUGUUUAUGUUGUUGAAAAAAGGCUUUUUUUUUAGAUAGUUAGGUCUGUCUUCCCAGUCUGUCUUAGUCUAGAAGCUCCAUUGAAACCGGUCCACCAUGGGUGGCCUUGCUGGUAUUUUAAACACCAGUGGCAUACCUUCCAGCACCACAAAAACACACAAGUGGGCAGAGCCAAGAUAGCAGAAUAGAUAGGCGCUUCCAGCGAGCCCUCUUUACAACAAAGACCCAAAAAAAAAACAAGUGAAACGAGUAUAUUUGUGACAAGUGGGGAGCCCUGAGCAUCAAAGGCAAGCUUAGAUGAUGAACUGAGGGGCAGGGGUAGGAAGAGGCCAUUCAGAAGUGGAGAGGAGUUAUCGGACCUGAGUCGCGGGGAGCCCUCAGGCACCAUUCCUGGAGCAGUGGCAACAGCAGUAGUGGCAGCGGGCUGCUCCUAGCGUUCAGCCACAGUUUCCUCAGGGAGAAGCAGCCAGCCACACAGCCCACUCACACCUCCGGAACCUGAGGAGAACUGCACUCUCGGCAAAAGCUAAGUACUUGUGUAUAUUUUACCGUGUCCCCCCACGUCCAAGCCAGCUUCAGUGGCUGAAUCCCUGGGUCUGAGAUAGGCCCUGGUGAGCACCUAGAGCCAUCCUCCCAGCCAUAGGGAAGGAAAAAAUUUGCAAGUUGGGAGAAAAGAUAAUUUGCUAGCUCCAUUAACCAGGGGAGCUCAGGACAGAAGCGGCUCCUGUACAGGCAUAAACCGUCCGUAGACCUUCAGCACCUUUCCCUUCUGCAUGGACCUGUGUGGGCCUAUUUUCAGAGAAUAGGCCCUUGUUGGCAAACUCCAACCAUUUCAGCUGUGCGGUGGAGAGGUGGGUGUUUGAUGUUUGACAUUGCUUUGCCUAUUAAACAAGGUCCUUACCUACCCACAUCAGGGACCUAAGGACUGGUAGCUCCACUCAGGUCACCCAGCCACCCGCGACAGGGGUCCAGAGAUAACUGCUACCUCCCAGUCCUUACAACCAAAAACUUUGAGUGCCCAUGGUCCCUCUGCAGAACCCACCCACCAGCAUGCUCUAAGGAACAGAGACGCGUUUUCCCCAGAGACACAUGGGGGUGGGUUCUCAGCCCCCUGCCUUGUUCAGAGCGUGACACCCCUGCUGCAAUCAGAUACUGGUGUACACGCCUGUCACCCCUGCCCCUCUAAGACUGUAGGACAGAGCCUGUACCACACACUUGAUAUCAGCUACCUAGAAACCUGAGCUGAAUUCAUACAAGCAAACUGAAUGGACUCCUAGACUGAUAUACAUGAUAACAGCUCUAGCCAGCUGGGGACAGGAUGUCAGAGCUCCAAAGGCGAAAAUAAUCAAGCUAGCUCACUCAAGCAACCCAUAGGGGUAUACCAAAACAAAACAAAGCAAGCAGCUACGACACAGUAAGCAAGCAUAAACUAAUACAAUAACUUAUAGAUGGCUCGGAGACAACAGUCAAUAUCAAGUCAGAUAAAGAAACAGACCAUGAUCACCUCGACAGGCUCUCAAAACAAAGAAUCUAGGGAUCUUCUAGAUGAAAGUGCAUUCCUGGAAUUACCAGAUGCAGAAUACAAAAGUUUAAUAUACAGAACCCUUCAAGACAUCAGGAAGGAAAUGAGGCAAUACAUAGAACAAGCCAAGGAACACACAGAUAAAGCAACUGAAGAAAUUAGAAAGAUUAUUCAGGCACAUAAUGAAAAGUUUAAUAAGCUGGAAAAAUCCAUAAGCAGCUAUCAGGAAUUCAGAAGAUUAACAAUAAAAUUACACAAUUAGAUAACUCAAUAGAAAGUCAUAGGAGCAGAAUUGAGCAAGCAGAAGCUAGAAUUUCUGAACUCAAAGAUAAAUCACUUGGCACUAAUAUAUUUGAAGAAAAAUCAGUUAAAAAAAUAAAAAAAGGAAGAAACCUUAAGAAUCAUGUGGGACUCUAUCAAGAGAAAAAACCUACAAGUGAUUGGAGUACCAGAACAGGGAGAGAUAACAGAAAAUACACAGAAAAUUGUUGAAGAUUUGUUGGCAGAAAACUUCCCUGAUAUUGUGAAAGAUGAGAAGAUAUCUAUCCAAGAUGCUCAUCGAACUCCACAUAAGGUAGAUCUUAAAAGAAAGUCACCAAGACAUAUUAUAAUCAAGCUUGCCAAAACCAAAGAUAAAGAGACAAUUAUAAGAGCAGCGAGGGAUAAAAAAAAAGUCACCUACAAAGAAGAGUCAAUAAGAAUAAGCUUGGACUACUUGGCAGAAACCAGGCAGGCAAGAAGGCAAUGGAAUGACAUAUUUAAAAAAGUGAAGGAAAAAAAUUGCCUGCCAAGAAUCAUAUAUCCAUCAAAACUGUCUCUUACAUAUGAAGGUGAAAUUAAGACAUUUCCAGAUAAACACAAGUUGAGGGAAUUCAUAAAAACCAAACGAAAACUACAGGAAAUACUAAAGGGAGUUCUUUGGUUAGAAAAUCAAUAAUAUCAGGUACCGACCCAGACUAGAACACUGGGCAGAGCAACCAGAAGUCAACCCAGGCAGGGAAAUCCAAAAAAAAAAACAAAGCAAGAUUAAAAAAAAAAAAAAGACACCCAAUGCAGGGUAACAGCGAUGUUAUUAUAUAAAAGAAGACAACAUUAAAAUAAUAAAGAGGGACUAAGAAAUGUAAUCAUAGAUCUUCCAUAUGCAAAGGAAGAUACGGCGAUACAAAGAAAUAAAAGUUAGUUUUAAAUUUAGAAAAAUAGGGGUAAAUAAUAAGGUAACCACAAAGGAGACUAACUAUCCUACUCAUCAAAAUAAAAUACAAGGGAAAAAUGCAGACUCAGCAGAAACAAAAUCAACAACAACAAAUAUGAGGAAAGGACAAUAUAUAAAGAAAAUCUACUCAGCACAUAAAAUCAAGUGGGAAAAAGAAACUGUCAACAACACACAAAAAAAGACGUCAAGAUGAUAGCCAUAAAUUCAUACCUAUCCAUAAUUACCCUGAAUGUAAAUGGACUAAAUGCACCAAUAAAGAGACAGAGAGUGGCAGGAUGGAUUAAAAAACAGGAUCCAUCUAUAUGCUGCCUACAAGAGACAUACCUUAGACUUAGAGACACAAACAAACUAAAACUCAAAGGAUGGAAAAAAAUAUAUCAAGCAAACAUCAAUCAAAAAAGAGCGGGAGUGGCAAUAUUAAUUUCUGACAAAAUGGACUUCAAAGUUAAAUCCAUCAGAAAGGAUAAGGAAUGACAUUAUAUAAUGAUUAAAGGGACAAUACACCAAGAAGAUAUAAGCAUAUAAAAUAUGUAUGCACCCAGCGACAGGGCUGCAAGAUACAUAAAACAAACUCUAUCAGCAUUGAAAAGUGAGAUAGACAGCUCCACAAUAAUACUAGGAGGCUUCAACACCCCACUUUCGGUGAAGGACAGGACAUCCAGAAAGAAGCUCAAUAAAGACACAGGAGAUCUAAAUGCCACAAUCAACCAACUUGACCUCGUAGACAUAUACAGAACACUCCACCCAACAGCAACCAACUAUACUUUCUUUUCUAGUGCACAUGGAACAUUCUCUAGAAUAGACCACAUGUUAGGUCAUAAAGCAAGCCUUAGCAGAAUCCUAAACAUUGAAAUAUUACAAAGCAUCUUCUCUGACCAUAAGGCCAUAAAAGUGGAAAUCAAUAACAGGAAAAGCAGAGAAAAGAAAUCAAACACUUGGAAACCGAACAAUACCCUGCUCAAAAAAGACUGGAUUAUAGAAGACAUUAAGGAUGGAACAAAGAAAUUCAUAGAAUCCAAUAAGAAUGAAAACACUUCCUACCAGAACCUUUGGGACACAGCAAAAGAGGUGCUCAGAGGCCAAUUUGUAUCAAUAAAUGCACACAUCCAAAAAGAAGAAAGGGCCAAAAUCAAAGAAUUAUCCCUACAACUUGAACAAAUAGAAAGAGAGCAAUAAAAGAAACCCACAGGCACCAGAAGAAAACAAAUAAUAAAAAUUAGAGCUGAACUAAAUGAAAUAGAAAAUAGAAAAACAAUUGAAAGAAUUAACAAGACCAAAAGCUAGUUUUUUGAAAAACUCAACAAAAUUGAUAAACCACUGGCCAAACUGACAAAAGAAAAACAGGAGAGGAAGCAAAUAAUCCAAAUAAGAAAUAAGAUAGGCGAUAUUACAAUAGGCCCAAAUGAAAUUAAAAGAAUCAUAUCAGAUUACUAUGAAAAACUAUACUCAAACAAAUUUGAAAACCUAAAAGAAAUGGAUGAAUUACUAGAAACACACUACCUACCUAAACUAACACAGAGGUAGAACAACUAAAUAGACCCAUAACAAAAGAAGAGAUUGAAAAGGUAAUCAAAAAGCUCCCAACAAAAAAAAAGCCCUUGUCCGGAUGGCUUCACUGCAGAGUUCUACCAAACUUUCAGAGGAGAGUUAACACCACCACUACUAAAGGUAUUUCAGAGCAUAGAAAAGGAUGGAAUACUACUAAACUCAUUCUAUGAAGCCACCAUAUCCCUGAUAACCAAAACCAGAUAAAGAAACCACAAGAAAAGAAAAUUAUAGACCUAUAUCCCUCAUGAAUGUAGAUGCAAAAAUCCUCAACAACAUUCUAGCCAAUAGAAUUCAACAACAUAUCAAAAAAAUAAUUCGCCAUGACCAAGUGGAAUUCAUACUAGGUAUGCAGGGGUGGUUUAACAUUAGAAGAACAAUUAAUGUAAUCUACCAUAUAUAUUUUUUUGUUUUUUUUAACCAUAUAAAUAAAUAAAUAAAACAAAAGACAAGAAUCACAUGAUUUUAUCAACUGAUGCAGAAAAGGCAUUUGACAAAGUUCAACAUUCAUUCAUGAUAAAGACUUUCAGCAAAAUAGGAAUAGGAGGAAAAUUCCUCAACAUAAUAAAGGGCAUUUACACAAAGCCAACAGCCAACAUCACCCUAAAUGGAGAGAGACUGAAAAUAUUCCCAUUGAGAUUGGGAAUUAUCACCACUCUUCUUCAACAUUGUGCUGGAAGUCCUAGCCAGAGCAAUUAGGCCAGAUAAAGAAAUAAAGGGCAUCCAGAUUGGCAAGGAAAAAGUAAAAGUAUCUCUAUUUGCAGAUGACAUGAUCUUAUACACAGAAAACCCUAAGGAAUCCUCCAGAAAACUACUGAAACUAGCAGAAGAGUUCAGCAGAGUAUCGGGAUACAAGAUAAACAUACAAAAACCAAUUGGGUCCCUCUACACCAACAAAAAGAACAUCGAAGAGGAAAUCACCAAAUCAAUGCAAUUUACAGUAGCCUCCAAGAAGAUAAAAUACUUCGGAAUAAAUCUUACCAGAGAUGUAAAAGACCUAUACCAAGAAAACUACAGUACACUUCUGCAAGACACUAAAAGAGACUUACGUAGGUGGAAGAACAUACCUUGCUUGCAGAUAGGAAGGCUUCAAUCAAAAACAUUAUAAAAAUGUCUAUUCUACCAAAAGU